UACAACUGGAGGAUAGCGGUUUGUGCGCUUGCUGUCUUGGGAUUAUCUAGCGUUAUUUACGGUCUACUCUAUAGACCAUUAACAACCGCUGCAAUGGAAAAUGAAAAGCGAGUAGCGAAGACAGAUGAAGAAAUGCCCCUAAAACCACCGGUAGUGAUAAGGAAAGAUGUGGAUGUGGCUGAAGAACUCAAGAAAGAUGGGAGUGCGUCUGAAAGGAUCAGGUUGCAGAGGUCAUCACGGCAGCGUAAUGCAGUAAGUGAAUGUGAGACGCGUCGUGAGAAUGAAGAUGACAGUUCGCUUCAGAUACCUCUUUCACCGAUCACUGAGAACUCUCCCAGUAGUUAUGAUAGUCAGAGAGAACAGGGCAUUGGCGCCUCAUCUUCAACGAGAGCAAGAAAAAAUACAAAUACAAGGUAUGGUAUUUUCUGGUUGUGCUAG